AUGCGCCCUACGAAGGGCCAGUGGAACGGGCUGUGUUGGGCCUUGACCAAGGCGAUGCGAGGACGCUGUUUCGAGAUCGGUUUGUUCAUGAACGGGAACAUCCGCAGCUCACCAGCAGUCGUGGAAACCAAAGGUCUCAGCCCAGAAGAACAUAUUGCCAGCCCCGAUGCAGUGUGGCUUGGUCAGAAUGACACUAUCGCCGCAACGCACGGACCCUUUGUCUCGCAACCAUACCCCUCUCGUUGGGAAGACGCGUCCUGGCUAUACAACAACAACGGCCGUAUGUCUGGUUUACAGAUUCCACAUGGUGUUGCUCCUUUUGCAGGGCUCCCACAAGCCUUUCAUCCACGGCUCGAAGACAAGAUUCCCGCUAGUCACCGCGAUAAAGACAGCCGCCGUUGGAAAGAGUAUGUCCCGCGAAGUGGGGAGAGUGGAGAGCCCGAAGAGACGCCCGUGGUGCACAGUCCCGUCUGGUCCGAAAAGGGAAAGACGAAGAACAAGAGUAAAACGUUGGAAAUUGAAGAGCAGGACGAACUUUCCGCUGCAGUUGUCGGAGCUGAGCAACGUGCUUCGGUCCACAAGACGAAGAUGAAGAUGAGCGCAAAGGCGAAGAAGGACAAGCAACAAGCACCGCCAGUAAACUCAUUCGGCUUGUACUUCACGGAAGUCACAGAAGCCCGCCAAGGAGCUCGGGGGCUGGACUGGCCACCUCGUGAAGAUGACACCCUGCCAAACACCAAAGAAGAACGGGUCGCAGUUGUUCGUGAGCUCUUUGCAGCCAUUCAAGACACCAGCGAUAUCCAGGACAAGAAGUCGAGCCCCAUGCUCAAGAAACGCUGGUUGGCAGAGAGUGCGGAAGAAUCGAACGAAGACGGGGUUGGAGACCCCGGGAAGACAAAAUGCAAGCAGAGUAUCGCUAAGGACACGGUGUACAAGCCCUGGAUUAAGGAGCGUCUCUGCUGGGAGAUAUUGGUCAGUGUCGCUGCAGGUUACGCAAUGACAGGCGCUAACAUGAACAAGGAAACGACUGAACGCAUCUACCGGGAAGGCACAGCAUUCGUCUCGAUCCUGGAUCCGGUAAUGAUCGAGCGCUGCGAGGAAUAUCGGGAGCUCACAUUCAAAGAGCGCAUUUCCAGUGUAGUGGGGGUGUUGAAGUCGUAUAAGAGCCGUGUUGAUAAGUUGCUGCGUGGAGGGUGUGUCGAAGAAUACGUGUUGUGCCCGGAUGCUGUUCUUCAAAUCAGCUCGAGCAACCGCGAACAGAACGAUGAGCGCCAGAAGGACCUUGCCCAUGGUCGAAAGCGCGAAGACCGGCCUGUCAAGAAGCCCGGGAAGAAAAAGCAGAUUCGUAGGUCUAUCAUCAGGCACCAUGGGACUUUACUGACCAUCGUAGUGGCGCCUACACCGGCAACUAGUCGCAAGCGUACUCGCUACAAUCCUGAGGACGCGUCCGAUGUAGAAGAGCCGCAGAAAAGCCGCACCCGUAGGACCUAG